AUGUCUGGAUAUCAAGGGACUCCGCCGCCUGGUGGAAACUAUUAUCCUCACCAACAGGGUCAGCAUCAGUACUUUGCCCCUCCUCCAGGCGGCCAGUCCUACCCACCACCGCCCUCGUCCCCUCCCGCACACCAACAACAACACUAUCCUCCUCCACCAGCCGGCGGCGCAAACACACAGCAACAGUACGCGCCACCGCCCGAACAACAGCAAUAUGCGCCGCCACCCGAAAAGCAGCAAUAUGCACCACCGCCCGAACAGCAGCACUUCCCGCCCCCGGGCCAAGUCCACGCACCGCAGCCGCAACAGCAGCAUCAACAACCACAGCAACCCAUGAGCCCAGGCUUUGGCGGCUUCCCCGCUGGAAGUCCAAGCGCGAGUCCAUACCCAGCUGAGAAAGCUGGACACCCCGGCAUGGGAGCGCAGCAGAUGAGCCAGCAGAGCAUACCACAGCAACCGCAAUAUGUAGGCAAUGGAGCGAGUGCCGCCGCUACAACAGCAGACGAUGUAGGCACAUUCAACGGUGGCAGUUACCGCGUUAGCCACCGCGACACCAAUUCCAUUCUGACGGUACAACUGGCAAUCGGAUGUCCGCUCACCGCGAAGCCUGGCGCAAUGAUCGCAAUGUCUCCCACCAUGACGCUUAAAGGUGCCGUCAAAUUCUCCCUCAAAAAAGUCCUUACUGGCGGCGACAUGUCGAAAUCUGUCUAUACGGGGCCCGGAGAAAUCCUCCUCGCACCCUCCUCCAUUGGCGACAUUACAAUCAUCAAGCUCGCAGGCAAAGAGACAUGGUCGGUUGGUCGCGACGGUUUUCUCGCGUGUACGCAGGGUAUUGUGACGGAGUAUAAGAGCCAGGGGAUUGGAAAGGGUAUGUUUAGUGGAGAGGGACUGUUUGUGUAUAAGAUUAGUGGGACGGGUGUGCUGUGGUGUACGAGUUUUGGGGCGAUUAUCAGGAAGGAUCUCGCGGCCAACGAAAAAUACAUCAUCGACAACGGUCACCUCGUCGCUUGGAACUGCAAAUACGUCCUCGAGCGUAUUGCGAGUGGAGGUAUUAUAAGUAAUCUGACGGCGGGCGAGGGGCUGGUUUGCAAGUUUACGGGGCCGGGGACCGUGUUUAUGCAGACGAGGAAUGCGGUAGCCUUUGGGCAAUGGCUAGCGGCUCAUUCGGCAGCGCCAUAG